AUGAGCCCAAAAAAUCGGAAGUGGGAUAGUUUAUUUUACGCGUUCCCAAAUGAUCGAAUCAGGAACGAAAGGUAUGGUCAGCUGAGUGGGAUGGUGGAACCCGUGGCCGGGAUUCUGGGUGCGUAUGCCGUGGGUAUUGCCGAACCCCUGCUGCCAUUUGCUUUAGCGUUUGCUGGCGGGGCCAUGGUGUUUGUCGUCAUUGACGACAUCAUUCCGGAAGCGCAAAUGAGGUUUAUCGAAGCGUUCGUCACGAUGCCCCUGAAUGGCGUAGAUUUAUGUGGAAAGGGUUGA